CUUGGGGUCACCAUAUUCGCUAUACUGUGUUAAACAUGUGCUAAGGUGUGCAUUAAAUAUGGAUGUUUCUUCCCUAGACAGCAAACUACAGACACUAGUAAAGGAGGCUGUCGACGUCAAAGCAAAAGCAUACUGUCCUUAUAGCAACUUCCGGGUUGGCUGUGCUGUUCUUACAGCUGAUGGAUCAAUAUAUACAGGAGUGAACGUUGAGAAUGCCUCUUAUGGUCUUACGGUGUGUGCAGAGCGAGUAGCAGUCAUGAAUGCAGUCACGGCUGGGAAACAAGACAUAAAGGCCGCGGCAGUUUCCUGCGACAUCAAAGGAGAUUUUAAAGGUCCAUGCGGCGUUUGUCGACAGGUAUUUGCAGAGUUUGGCCUUGACAUUGAGUUAUACCUUACAAAACCGGAUAUGACGUACAAAAAGGUCCUAAUACGAGACCUCCUUCCAAUGGCGUUUACACCGAAAAGCCUCGAAGAGGAACGAAUUUAGUCGGAAUGCAUGGUUAAAUGUAGAUGUAUUGAAAAUAAACUGACCAAAAUCGA